UGCUCUCCACAAAGCAACCUUGAACAAUCACGAAAUCUCCACAAUCCAACGGCCAGGAUCGUUUUGGGUCCUCUACUUCCCCACACGCCACUCGAAUAUUCCGAACCACUCAACUUGAAUAUUACUCCUUUGAGUCGGCAAUAAGAGAAAUUUAUGCCAGCCCCCUUCUCAUCUCUUUGCGCUCCAUAAAAACCAAAGCUCUUUAAUGGACAGUUUCUCUUUCGCAUAUUCAACAACACUUGAUUUCAUUCGUUCUUCCAUUCAUUCUUUGUUAUUCUUCAAACCUUUUCCUGUUCAUAGUCAACCUUGUAUUUCCUUAUAACGAUUUCAACCAGGAGCUGUCACCAAUGGGUAAACAACGUAGUUCUCAACGCAAGAAUGCUGCAAUGCUUGAUAGCGAUGAUACUGAUAGUGUGAGUUCAUCGUCAACUGUCCCUUCUGAUUAUGUGUUGGGGAAUGGUGUGCCAGAAGUGCAGCUCGAUAAAGAAAGUGUUUUAGAUCAAAGUUUAGAUGCUUUGUAUGAAAAACGGGGGUCCACAAGGGAGAAGGCUUUGGCCGAUAUCAUAGAGGCUUUUAAUAGCAGUUUACCACACGAGUUUGUCGAAAAGAAAUUUGCAACAUUGCUGCAUCAAUGUCUCAAUUCUGUAAAGCGAGGGUCAGCAAAAGAGAUAUCCUUAGCAUCUCAUGCCAUCGGAUUACUGGCUCUAACAGCUGGAUCGGGUGAGAAAUCACAAGAAAUAUUGGAAGAAUCGGUUUCUCCCUUCUCAGAGGCUCUCAAAUCUCGCUCUGAAGCAUCAAAGAUAGCAUCCUUAUUAGAGGGGUUGGCUGUGAUUGCUUUUGUUGGUGGCAAAGAACCUGAAGAAACGGAGAAAUGCAUGCAAAUUAUGUGGCAAGUGGUCCAUCCAAAACUUGGUCCCAAUGUUGUUGCCACUAAGCCAUCUCCAGGAAUAAUAUCAGCAGUUGUAUCUGCUUGGGCUUUUCUUCUUACAACAAUGGAUGCCCCUUCGCUUGAUCCUAAAAGUUGGCAAGAGUCUGUUUCUUAUCUUUCAACUCUUUUAGACAAAGAAGACAGAUCUGUGCGUAUUGCAGCCGGUGAAGCACUUGCUCUGACAUACGAAAUGGGAAAUUUAGAAAAGUUUUGUGGAGCUUCUAAACCUACUACUAAUGACGCUUCUGCCACUGAUGGCAUUAGUUCUCGUGAUGUUACCCAUAUACAGGGUUUGAGGGCAAAAGUGGUAAAUCAAGUAAGAAAUCUUUCUGCUGAAGCCGCUGGGAAGGGUUCUGCCAAAAAAGAUCUCAACAGCCAGCGCAACACCUUUAGGGAUAUUCUUGAAUUUCUUGAGGACGGUUAUGCCCCUGAAACCUCUGUGAAAAUUGGUGGAGAGUCGCUUACAACUACAACAUGGUCCCAACUAAUCCAGUUGAACUUUUUGAAGCGAUUUCUUGGUGGAGGAUUCGUGAAGCACAUGCAGGAAAAUGAAUUUCUUCAUGAUGUAUUCGACUUCACACCAAAGAAAAAGAUUCUAUCAAGCACAGAUCGUGUAUCAGGGAUUGAUAAGAGGAUGUAUAGGUCUCCCAACUCGAUAGUCAACAAGGCAAGGACUCAGUUUCUGAACAAACAGCGGAUGAUGUCCCAGGAUAGGAAUGCUGGGCACUAUGCAUCUGAGUUGGGCGAGGAGUAAAGGUAGCUGCAUGAAAAUGGUGCUAGAAUUCGUGACAUAUUGGCAUUGUGUAAUCUGUCCAAAAUAAUUUGUGAAACUAUUCUCUGGGUUUAAUUUUAGUUGGUGAUAGUUUAGGGAUUCAUUUGUGCACUGACUAUGAAAACUUGAAAUUAUUGUCUGUGCUAUGCAAAAGAAACAAUUUAUUUUUCAA